AUGCCUCGACCAUCAACUGCAUCGAGUAAGGGUGGAAAAGAUGAAUCGGUUCGAGUUGUGGUUCGAUGUCGUCCGAUGAAUGAAAGCGAACAAGUGAAGAGUUGUGAAAGAGUUAUUGAGAUUGAUAAUCAACGUCGACAAGUAUCAAUUAAACGUCCUAGCACUGAAAGUUCACAAGGGACGAAAAGUACUGAUGAUACACAUAAUUUUUAUUUUGAUGCUGUUUAUGAUUGGAAUUCGGAACAAAAAAAUGUCUAUGAACAAACUGCACGAGCACUCGUUGAUUCAGUACUCGAAGGUUUCAAUGGAACAAUAUUUGCUUAUGGACAAACAGGAACUGGAAAAACAUUUACUAUGGAAGGUAUUCGUUCUAAACCGGAAUUACGUGGAAUUAUUCCAGCAUCAUUUGCACACAUAUUUGAUUCCAUAGCUCAAACUACAUCGAAACAAUUUCUCGUUCGAGCAUCUUAUUUAGAAAUAUACAACGAAAGUAUUCGUGAUCUACUUUCACGAGAUCAAAAUAAACGAUUACAAUUACAAGAACAUCCAAAGGAAGGUGUACAUGUACAUGAUCUUAGUUCAUUUAUUACAAAAAAUAUUCAGGAAAUUGAACAUGUUAUGACAACAGGGAACUUAAAUCGGUCAACAGGAGCAACGAAUAUGAAUGAACAUAGUUCACGAUCACAUGCUAUCUUUAUAAUUACUGUUGAAAGUAGUGAGAUUGGUGCUGAUGGAAAAGCACAUAUUCGUGUUGGAAAAUUAAAUCUUGUCGAUUUGGCUGGUAGUGAACGUCAAGCAAAAACAGGAUCAACUGGUGAUCGUUUUAAAGAAGCAACAAAUAUAAAUUUAUCACUUUCUACACUUGGUAAUGUUAUAUCUGCUCUUGUUGAUGGUAGUUCACAUAUUCCUUAUCGUGAUUCUAAACUUACACGAUUGUUACAAAAUUCACUUGGUGGUAAUUCAAAAACUAUUAUGAUUGCUACACUUGGACCUGCUGAUUAUAAUUAUGAUGAAUCUCUUACAACACUACGUUAUGCUAAUCGAGCGAAAAAUAUUAAAAAUCAACCACGUAUUAAUGAAGAUCCUAAAGAUGCUUUAUUGCGUAAAUUUCAAGAAGAAAUUGCUCGUUUAAAAAGUCAACUCGAAGGUAAAGGUAAAAGUGGUCAAAAAUCACGUCGUCGUCGAAAUAAAGAUGGUACUGAAGUUGAUGAUGAUGAUACUGGUGGUCAAAAAGAUGAAGAAUUAUUUCUUAAAGAACAACAAGAUCAACUCAAUGAAGAAAAACGAGUCAUUAUGCAUAAAAAGAACAUUAAUGAAAAUGAACGUGAAGCAAUGCUUCAACAACUCGAAGAACAAAAACGAGAAAUUGCACGUGAACAGGAAGAACGUCGUAAAAUGCAACAUAAAAUUCAAGAAAUGCAAUCGAAAUUAAUCACCGGUGGAAAAGAUAUUGUCGUACAUACAAGUGAACAAGAACAAAUUUUACAACAAAAAAGACAUUUAAUUGCUGAAGCUGAGCGUCGUCAUCGUGAAGUUCAACAACAAUUAGAUCAACGCGAAGAAGAACGACAAACAAUAAAUGAAACAUAUACAAAUAUAAAAGAAGAAGUGGAAGAUAAACGUGCUAAACGUGAUAAAUUAUCUAAAGCACUUAAAAAACUUGAAAUGAAGAAACAAGAAAUUAUUGAUAAACAUCAAAUAGCUCGUGAAGAACUUGAAGCUGAACAACGUGAAAUACAAAAACAAGCUAAAUUAUAUCAACUUAUUAUUGAUAAUUUUAUACCAACUGAAGAACGUGAUCGAUUAUUAAAACGAGUACAAUUUGAUGAAAAUCAAGAUUGUUGGACAUUAAAAGAAUUAUCGAAACAAACAGAUCAAAUGGCUGCUCGACCAAUAUCAGCGAAUGGUGAUCGUCGUUCUAUGGCACAAUAUUCUCAAUCAAAUAAUGUUCCAGAAAUAGCUCGUUUUCAAAAUGAAAAUAUCAUUUUACUUCAACUUGAUUUUCCGAGUCGAACAACGCGUGAUUAUGAAGGUCCAAUGGUUUCACCAAUGAUUCAAGCAGCUAUUGAAAAUGCUAUGAAAGAUGAAGAUAAUAUUGAAUUAGAUGCAAAUGCUAUUGUAUCUGAUAAACGUAAAAAGAAAAAAAAAUCAAUUCCAAAUAAUGGAAAUUACGAUAAUUAUUCAGCAUCUUCAUCACGUGCUGGCUAUGGAGAUACACAAACAGGUCGUAGUAUGAAUAGUGCUCGACGAUAA